CGCCAGUACCCCGCCAUCAACCAGACGCCGCCGAGCAGCAUGACGCCCGCCUCCUGGACGGCCGCGUACGAGGCCGCCAAGGCGCGCGGCGCCAUUCCCGGCUACCCCGUCGCGGCGCCCGGCGGCACGGGGCAGUACCCGCAGGGCACCAACGUCGGCCAGGUCUGCUCCUGGACAGCGACCAAGUGCUUCGGCCACGACGACAUCUACGAGGCGCCCGCCAACGAGUGGGCCGUCUCGUUCGACGACGGACCGACGCAGCAGAGCGAGGGCCUGUACCGCUUCCUCGCCAGCCAGAACCAGACGUCCACCUCGUUCAUGAUCGGCUCGCAGGUGCUGGAUUUCCCCAACGCGCUGCAGGUCGCCAAGCAGAGCAACAUCCAGAUGGCGCUGCACACUUGGUCGCACACGCCGCUGUGCGGCCUCACCGACGAGCAGAUCGUCGCCGAGCUCGGCUGGAACAUGCAGAUCGUCAUGGACGAGACGGGUCUGCUGCCCGCGCUCUACCGUCCGCCGCAGGGCGACGUCGACGACCGCGUCCGCGCCAUCGCCCGCGAGGUCUUCGGCCUGCGCGCCGUCAUGUGGGCCUACGACAGCAACGACUGGUGCCUCAACGGCCAGGGCGGAUCGGCAUGCCCCGGCCAGGUGCCCGGGCAGGACAAGCAGAGCGUCGUCGACUACAUCUAUCAGACGAUCUACAAGAAGGACCGCAGCCAGGGCGUCAUCAUCCUCGAGCACGAGCUCACCACGGACUCGGUCGGCAUCUUCGAGUCGUACUACCCCACGCUCAAGACGGCCGGCUGGCAGCCGCACUGCAUCGCCGAGCUC